CUCCUCACAGUUCGCUCCACCCUUUUCUCUUUCAGUUUGUUAGGAAACAUGUCAGGUCUUCGUGUCAAAGCUCUGGAGCUCCCAUUCUUGAGUCUCUGUCUGCUGGCUGUGGCUGGAAUAAUACCUGCACACGGGUCAGGUGACGUCACAGUGGUCGUCAAAGAAGGGAGUGAUGCUGUGUUACCCUGUUCCCUCAGCACCAAGGAGAGCAUUUCAGCAAAGCUCUUUGACUGGAGGAAAGCUGCUCAGAAAGAUGGAAAAAAGAAGGAGGUGUUCUAUUAUGAUGCAGGCAUCCAUUACAACAAUGGUCGUCCAGGUCAGAGUGAGCAGUUCAAAGGUCGAGUCUUUCAUUUUCCAGGAGAACUGAAACACGGCAACGCCUCCAUCAUCAUCAGAAAUACGACAGUGACUGACAGUGGAAACUACACCUGUGAUUUUCCACGUCUUCAGCCACGUCAAACAUUCCACAUUGAGCUUGUUGUUGAGCCCAUCUUAAAGGACCGAUCAGGAGAAAACCCAGCUGCAACUCCAAAGCCGUCUAUCAGGACGCUGAAUGCCACAGUGGGGGUGCUGCUGCAGUGUGAGGUUCGAAGUGCCUCUCCAGAGCCACAUCUUCAGUGGCAGGACAGUGCUGGAAACAAACUUCCUGCUGAGGAGCCACAGGUCUCAGAGAGAGAAGGCUGCUACUACAUCACCCUCAACGCCAAUGUGACCAAGAGUGACCGCUACCACUGUGUGGUGACACAGGAGGAAAUCAGUCAUCAGACUCAUGAGGAGACAUUUGUGUUUAUCAGAGAGACAGUGUGUGAGGACUCAUCCUGCAAAGUGGCUGCUGGAUGGUUGUUUGGUGGUUUGGUUUUAGGAGCUGUUACUGUUGUUGCUCUACAAGCUCUGCUUGUAGCUACAAAGUCCAUCACAGUAAACUGCAAUAGAGGUUCUCGUCUGAAGGAAAACAGGUCGUCUAACCAGAGAAACGGUUCAUGUACAGACUCUUCAGAGUUCCCCCUGAGGUCACCAGCUGUUUAGCUGUGUGUGUGUGUGUGUGUGUGUGUGUGUGUGUGUGUGUGUGUGUCUCAGACUCUAAAUUUUACCUGUAGAAUUACAAUCUA